ACAAUUUCAAAGUCCAACAACAACCAUGGCUGCCACAACCACCACGACAACAGCCCAGAAGGGCCCUUUCACCCUCACUUUGAACAAUGGAUUGGAAUUGACGGUGCAGUCUAACGACCCCAUCGAUGCAGAUGAGAUUCCAGUUAUCGAUAUCAGUGGAAUCUACAGCGAGAACUUGGAAGAUCGCAAGGCUGUGGCAGAAAAGAUUAGGGAAGCCGCUCACCGCAUUGGCUUCUUCUACAUUAUUGGACAUGGAAUUGAUCAGAAGUAUAUCGAUGGCACAUUCUCACAAGCAAAGAGAUUUUUUGAACUGCCAAUCGAGCAGAAAAUGGAGGUCUGCACCGACAAGGUUCCAGAAGCCUACUUUGGUUACUUCCCCAUGGCCAGAUAUAACAGAAACCAGAAGAAGUUAAAUGACUUGAUGGAGGCAUACAACUGGGGCUACAACCCAGAAUACGACGAAGAGGCCAAGAACAAGGAAGCCGUAAAGACCGAAUUCGAUCAACUGUGGCCAAAAGACGUCCCUGGCUUCAAGGAGGCCCUAUACGAACACCACUCGAAACUUCUCUCACUUGCACGACGUAUGGUCCGAGUCUUUGCACUGGCACUACAUCUGCCAGAGAACUUCUUUGAUGAUUAUGUCGACAGACCAGAAGCCGCUAUGCGUAUCGCUCAUUACCCACAACAAGAGGCCUCAUCGCUAGAUCAACUCGGAAUCGGAGCCCACACGGACUUCGAAUGCUUCACACUCCUCACACAAGAUCACAACGGCGGCUUGGAGGUCCUGUCCAAGUCCGGCUAUUGGAUCAACGCUAAGCCCAUCCCCGGCGCCAUGGUGGUCAACAUUGCCGAUUGCCUGAUGAGACAGACAAACGACUACUUUGUCUCGACUGUGCACCGUGUGGUCAACAAGACCGGUGCCGAACGGUACUCGUGCCCCUUCUUCUUUGGGUUCAACAAGGACAAGAAACUCGAGCCCGUGCCAACCUGUGUCAGCGAAGAGAAUCCUAUGAAAUACCCCAUCAUGAGCACUGGAGAUUACUUGAAGGAACGAGCUGCAAAGUCCAAGAGCAGCGCAACUGCAACCAAGGCGGCUUAGACUGUAUAGUACCUUUAGUUUCAUGAAUAUAGCAAUUUCACAAUUAUGAG